UUCUAUUGCGGUGUUUCUCACAACUAGAUAAAUAGUGGACAAUUGGGUUCGGUGGCGUCCAAGUGGACAGCUGUCAAUCUACAACCCACCGUUUCAUCAAGCCCUCGAUCACACUUGUUAUCUACCAUGGCUCACAACGCUCACUUAUCUCAGCCAGAUCCUGAGCUUGCUGCACUCCUGGCCCAUAUUCCUCAUGCACCACCCCCGAGCGACAUCACUGUUCGUCGUAACGCAUUCAACACCUUCGCUUUGCCGAAGAUACAAGCGGUUUUCAAAACGAACGCGCCAGAUGCGUCGAAGUACCGAGUAGAGGAUCACAAGGUCCCUGUUGAAGGCGCCGAGAUACUUGUUCGGGCCAUCAUACCCACCCCGAAUCCGAGCGAUGCUAACGAAUCUCAAACCUAUCCUUUAAUGGUGUGGAUGCACCCUGGAGGUUAUGUUCUUGGAUCAAUUGAGAUGGAAGACUAUCUCUUGCGUCGGAUCAGCGUCGAAUUUCAGUUGACCAUCGUGAACGUCGAGUACAGGUUGGCUCCAGAAUUCCCAUACCCUACUGGUAUGAAUGAUAGUUAUGCUGCGUUGAAAUGGGCAGCCAGCCAUACAGCUUUACUCUCUGCGUCUUUAGACAAAGGCUUCAUCAUUUCGGGCUGCUCCGCUGGAGGGAAUUUCGCUGCUUCUCUUUCGAUUCGGGCUCGGGAUGAUCCAUUCUUCGUCAAUCGACCCUUGACCGGACAAUUGCUUCAGCUUCCUCAAGUGCUGCAUCCUGAGGCGGCACCAGAACGAUUCAAGGAUGAGUUAUACUCUAGGGAACAGAAUAAGGAUGCUCCGUUGUUGACCUGGGCGGAGGUGGUGGAAUUUACCAAAAUUUACAAGGCGCCGCUGGACGAUCCUCAAUACUCAGUUCUGCUUGCCUCCGAUCAUAGGGAUUUACCCCCCGCUUAUAUUCAAGUCUGUGGUCUUGAUACCCUUCGUGACGAAGGAUUACUCUACGAAAAGAUUCUUCGUGAUGCUGGCGUGCAAACCAAACUUGACGUCUACCCCGGGUUGCCUCAUGGCGGUCACAUUUUGCUGCCCUCCGCCUCGAUUUCUGUCAAGGUGAACAAGGACUUCGAGAAAGGCUUGAGAUGGUUGUUGCAUCGACAAGAGUCAUCUGCAUAAAUUUGUAGGUAUCGAUAACAGUAGCACACUUUGUAAGCUCGAACGCCACUUUGAAUAAGUUGUUUCUGUUCUUUUGGACUUGACCGCGCGACUUAUUCCGGAUACAUAUUGUAUUUUCAGCAUACCAUCUUUCUCGGUUCCGCACCCAUUGACUGGCGCUUCGAUCUUCAAACAUGCCUCCGAGUCACUUCAAUCCUUCUGGUUGGUAAUAUUGACUUCUUUCUCUCAUAGGGAAUGCAGAUAUCUCCAUGGGGAAUUGAGCUUUCUAAGCAAUUUCAAGAAUUCUCGGUGCCGCGAAGUCCUGACUGUAAGAAACGGCUAUAUAUAUA